UUGGGACAAUGUUCUGGGACCUUGGAUCCAAAACGACAAAGCAACAAGAACUGUUCAAUGCAAUGGGUUCAAUGUACGCUGCUAUUAUCUUCCUUGGCGUCACUAAUGCCUCAUCCGUGCAGCCAGUUGUGGCUGUUGAAAGAGCAGUCUUCUACAGAGAAAGAGCUGCUGGAAUGUACUCGGAAAUGCCAUAUGUCAUCGCACAACUCUUAAUUGAGAUCCCAUAUGUUUUUGCUCAAGCAUUGGUAAAUAGUGUCAUAGUCUAUGCAAUGAUAGGAUUCGAAUGGUCAGCUGCAAAGUUCUUCUGGUACAUAUUCUUCAUGUACUUCACAUUACUAUACUACACCUACUGCGGAAUGAUGGCUGUUGCUGUGACACCAAACUACCACAUUGCUUCUAUAGUUUCAUCUGCCUUUUAUGGAUUAUGGAACCUCUUUUCUGGAUUCAUAGUUCCUCGACCUAGGAUUCCUAUAUGGUGGAGAUGGUAUGUUUGGUUAUGUCCAGUAUCUUGGACCUUAUAUGGAUUGGUGGUAUCACAAUUUGGUGAUCUGAAGAACACGCUGGAAUCUGGUGAAACAGUAGAAGAAUUUCUGAGGAGUUAUUUUGGGUUUAGACAUGAUUUUCUAGGGGUUGUGGCAACUGUAAUUGUUGGGUUCCCAUUACUCUUUGCAGCUAUCUUUGCUGUGUCCAUUAAGGUGUUUAAUUUCCAAAGAAGAUAGACCCUUAUUGUGACAUAUGUGCAGAGAAGGAGCAUGCUUUAAGCUUUGUAUUGUGCCAGUCAUGUGUAUUAAAUUUUGCUGAACAUUUAUCUUGUUACCCAAGUGUAGUGCUCCAUGACUGUUUCAUCUUUCUUUUAAAUAGGGACGAUAUUUUUUUAUUAAUAAAAAUUUGACAAAACA